AUGCUAACUGUCUGUCACCAACAGAACCGCGCUCUUACAUACUUCCAAAUAGCGCUUGACAGGGUAGUGGGUGACGGACCAGUACGACACAGCCAGGAGCAGGGCAAAAAAAAGACUCAUUCUAAUUCAUCACGUGAAAUAGGAUCAGAAUUAAAUUUGGAGGUGAUUGAUACGAGUUUGGAUCUUUUGGACGAAUUGUUAUUUGACUUGUAUUACACACCAGACGCUGGCAAAAAGACCGAUAGAAAUACUCCAUUUGAAGAUCAAUUAGACAUUUUUCUGCUUGUGGAAUUAGCAUGUUUUAGAAGUGUCCAUUUUAGAUAA